UCCGCGGAAGGCGCGGAGGGUUACCUGACCACGCAUGAAGUAGUCCGAGCGUUUGCAUCCGUCGCCAUUUUCACUCAGACGACUGUGAACGCACGCCGAAGCUUUGGAAGGUGUUAAGUAUAAUUUGCCACGAUGGUGAAAAUAUUUGUGGGGAACUUGUCACAAGAGACCACAUCAGAUGAACUGCGGUCGCUCUUCUCCCAGUAUGGCAAGAUUGCAGAAUGCUCCAUCCUGAAGAGUUUUGGCUUUGUGCACAUGGACAGCAAGUCUGAGGCGGAAGAAGCCAUCCGCAACCUCCACCAGUAUCAGCUGAACGGACAGGCCAUGAAUGUGGAGCUGAGCCGUGGCAAGUCCAGAGGGUCCACCAAGCUACACGUUGGCAACAUUGCCUGCUCCAAUCAGGAGCUGCGAGCUAAGUUUGAAGAGUAUGGCGUGGUGGUGGAGUGUGACAUCGUGAAAAACUAUGCCUUUGUUCACAUGGAGCGCAUGGAGGAUGCCAUGGAGGCCAUUAAUCAGUUAGACAACACAGCGUUUAAAGGCAAACUGAUGAGCGUGAAGCUUUCGACUAGCCGACUCCGUACUGCGCCGGGAAUGGGAGACCGAUCGGGUUGUUAUCGUUGCGGGCAGGAAGGCCACUGGUCCAAAGAAUGCCCUCUAGAUCAGAACGGCUACCACAGAAACGGCUCAGAGCCAAACUCUGAUGGAUACGAUUCCUCGAGAUUUGACGGGCGUGCUCACAGCCGAGCUUAUCAAGCGGGCUUCAGCGGUGCGGAAGCGGAUUAUGGUGGCGGCUACGCUCCUGUGCACGGCUCUUCCCGUGGUUCCGGUCACAGCAGCAAUGCGGCGGGGUACCGAGCGGGUCCGGGCUACGAGAAUACAGCGAGAUACGGGCCGCAUCCAGGUUACGGCAUGUCCGGGAGCGGGGCGGCAUACCAGAGCGACGGCUCAUACUAUGGCGCGGUACCAGGCUACCCGGUGCGGCGGUCGCCUUACGAGGAAAGGGAUCCGUACGGAGUUGUGGACUACUACGGGAAGUACAGGGCCAAUAUGUACGGUGGCGGCUAUUAUGAGGAACACCGCGCUGUGCCUACACCUGCUCCAACAGUGUCAUCCUCUACAGCUGGUAUGAGGGAACGUGGGCCUUCCAAUAGCAUCGACCCAUAUCAGUGCCCACCGGUUCCUCCUGCACCAGUCCCAGUUCCCUCGUACCACGCACGUGACCGGAGUCCUAUUCGGAGAGUCUCCGCCGAGGCCGAAGGAUACUCAUAUCAGGGUUUGCAGAUGCCCACGGGGGGCCCUCCUCCCAAUAAGUACUACCUAUAACGGUCCGCGGGAUCCAGGCGCCGAGCGGCCAUGACACACACACACACACACACACACACACACUGACUUUUGUCUCGCACAGCCACGUAACAGCUGACUAGUCAUUAGUUGGUGCCAGUAGUAUGACUCAGUUGGUCGUGUCUUACGACAAAAGUCAGUGCCACGUAACGUAACAUUCAACAUGGUAGGAAGCAAGAAGGUGUGAAUACGUUCACAUUCCAGUAAUAUCAAAGUAGCAACAUUAAAUCAUUCACCACUUGGCUUCAGUCAGAUCAGUUAUUGCAUGGUGCAUGUUUUAAAGGUGAGUCUCUUAACAGCGUGUGUGUGCUUUUUAGUAUAGCUGUGAACAGUGUAGCUAGCUACCUGCGUAUUUAAGGCAAAUGUAAAUACUGUGUUUGACUUUAGGCUUAGAUGUUACAUCUAUGUGGACAUACCUGUGUGUAUUAGGGUUGUUUUAAAGAAAAGCAAAGAAAUUAAUUUGAAGGUCAUGGAGCUAUCUAGAAUUGUUAUCACCACCCCCUCAUUUUAUUUUGUUUAAACUUUGAUUUCAUUAUACGGAUGUGGGCUGCCUGUGUUGUCACUAUUAAAUAAACUGACCGAAAUCUA